AUGGGCGCUGGGCAAGCCGGUUGGGGCGUGGAGCCCAACAAACCGACAGAGCGUGAGAGCCUGGUGAGCCGGCUGAGGCAUGGGAGCUUGGCGAUCCGGCUGAGGCAAGACGCCUGUCGAUCCUGCUGCAGCGAGGGAGGCGUGAUGCAGGGCAACCUGACGCCCUCGAGCGCCAGAGUGUCCAGCUCUGAGACCCCUGUGUUUGUGGAGAAGGGACAGGAUGUUCGUCUGGAUGUCCCGGGAUAUAUGACAGUUAAAGAGAACCUGAAAAGGUUGAAUAGUUUUAAGUGGAUGUUUAACACAUCAGACAAUGUAGUAACAUACAUCCAUGAAAUCGAGUCACAAAUCACCCCUAAAUACCAAGGCAGGGUUGAGUUUAGUGAGGGAAACUUCUCUCUACUACUGAAGAACCUACAGGAAGGAGACAGUGGACUUUAUGACGCAGGAGUGAGUGGUGAAAAAAACAAAGAUGUUGCCAAGUACCAGAUAUCAGUUCAAGAGAGAGUUGAGCCACCAGUCCUGACAGUGAACUCUGUCUCCUUCAUCAAUGCCAUCUGUAACGUGACAGUGACCUGCAGAGGCCAGAAAACCUCUGUCACCUCCAGCUGUAACAGCGGCACCUGCUCUCAGGUGGGAGGAGAGAGUAGAGGGGCUGAGACCUCCACUGUCCCCCUGCUCUCUGUCUAUGUGGCAGGGGGUUCCAUCAUCUGUAACCACAGCAACCAAGUCAGCUGGGCCAACGACACCAAGGAGAUCGAAACUAUUUGUGCAUCCAAAUCUAAGCGGGACGAAGCAGACCACAACUACGCUGUCACAGUCCGGAUACAAAGUCCUUUCAUCAUCAUCAUCUUUGUUGUAUGCGCCCUGAUUCGUUGGUGAAAGCUAAAUAAAGAAUCCAAGUAACAGUCUCCAGGUCCAGCAUCACAGGUCUCCAGGUCCAGCAUCACCCACCAUCUACAGUGAGAUGGGACAUCCCCACACCCAGCCUGGUAACCACCC